GUCAGCCAUGGUUCAAAUUAACAAGUGACUGAUACUUAUUUAUAUUGUCUUGGAUUUUGUUGAAUAGGUUGUCAUUUGUCAGCACCUGAUUUGGAAAAACAAAAUUAUUUUAAGAGGAGCUAAAAAAAUGGCUAUCUUAAGCAGCCUAUUUCGAUCUUCUCAUUUUCAAAACACCAAGCGAGAUUUGAAUAAAAUAAUUUAUUCUUUAAUAUUUAAAAGCCAUGUAAAUCAAACUAGAAAUAUGAGUGGUGGUCAUCACCAUUUUGCUAUUCAGCCUUCUAGAUUUCAAUUCAAAAAAUUUAAAGAUCUACUCCAUUAUUUUGUCAUGUUAGGCGUAAUUCCAAUCACUGCAAUUGUAAUGUACACAAAUAUAUUUAUUGGACCAGCUGAGCUUCGAGAAAUACCCGAAGGUUAUGUUCCGAAACACUGGGAAUACCACAAGCAUCCAAUCUCACGAUUCCUGGCUCAAUAUGUUUACCCAUCACCCCAACAAGAAUAUGAGAAAAUGUGUCACUUUUUGUACGAAGAAAACGAGAAGGCGCAACUCAGGAAACUCGAAGCCCAAAUCAAAGAAAAGAUGGCUUCCCGGAAUGAUUAUCAAGCAUAUUACUACAGACCUGCUAUUGCUAAAUAUCACAGAAUAUCCAAAGAAGCUGCAGAUUAUCUUGAAUCGAUUAGAGGAGAUAAUUAAUUAAUUUCAAAUUUAUGUAUUUAAUUCAGAAUAGACCUUAUUAGAAAAUCCACAAA